CAAAUCAAAUCGGCUUGUCGGUUCCUGCCGAGCGGCUUGGUGAGAGCAAGUAGCGGCUCUCAGGCGAUAAAACUCGAGAAAACACCCCGAAAACAGCCUGAAAACACAGCGAGAAGCCGCCACAAUGCCGUGUCGGAAGGAGGACUACAUCUUCCUGGAGCAGUCCGUCACCGUGGACUCCAAAGAGGUGGACGCGCUGGUGAUUAAGAUCGGCGAGGCGCUGCAGUUGCACAGCACCAGCAGCCAGAAACAGAGCGCGUCCUGCGGGGGGAAAGCGAGCAGCAGCGGGGGGGCUCCGGCGCAGAAACACGGCUGCUGCAUGCGGAUCCGGAGGGCCAGCAGCAGGGCAAACCCCUACAACAUCCCCAACCAGGACUGGGACCAAAUGAAGCCGUGGAGCAGGAAGAGACUGGCCGUGGAUCAGGACGACCCGCACCGGCUGCUGCAGGAGCUGCUGCUGUCCGGGAACCUGAUCAAAGAGGCCGUGAAGCGGCUGCAGGACUGUGGGGACACCGUGUCGUCCUGAUGAAGAACCGCCGACCACACAGAUGUUAAUGUCACAGGACUGGUAGCUACGUUUUCUAAUUCCCCCCAGGCUGUCCUUUGUUACGUCAGCUGGACAGUUGUUUGAAUUUCCCCGGUGCUGCUCUGGACCUAUGCUCUGGACCCCAGGAACACUUUGAGGACUUUUCAUUAGCAGGACGUUUAUUUCACCCUUCCAAAGGCUACUGUCAUCCUCCCUGAGAUGUUGGGUGGGAAUACACAUGUUGUGUGUUUUCUGUGACUCCUGAACAAUGGUUGAGGCACAGGAACUCAAAACUGGUUCACUUCUUAUUGUGGUUUCGAAAGGGGGGUUGGGAGGUUUUUCUAGCCAUUCCCUGCUGUGGUAGACUGUUAUGAUGGGGGUUGGGUGGUUAGAAGUCCCAUUUUGUUUACAAUCUAAUGCUGGGUGUUAAUAGCUGCUGUGCAGAGAGGAAGUGCCCCCUCCUCAUUUCAUUUCAAAUCGGGUUGUUCAGGGGUCUUUUCUGUUGGCAUUCAACGCAGGACCCCCCCUCCCCCUCCUGAACCUCUGUCAACAGCAGCUCCACAUUGCUCCUCUAGAUCCAUAUCCUGUCAACAUCAGACAUGUGGGGGGCUUUCAGUGAUGUAACCUUGUUUGUGAAAGGUCGGCCGUCACACCUGUGGUGCUUUCACCUUUUUGGAAUUCCUUCUGAGUUUGUUUUUUGUAUUUGUUUCGUCUCGGCGUAAAAGAAAGACGGCCACCACCGCUUCGUACCGAAGUAUCUGAUCAUGUUCCUGAGUUAUUCAGGGCCUUUUUUUGUUGUCUUAAUAAAACUCAUUUUUGUUAUUCCAAA